CUGCCGAGAUUCCUCAUUAAGAGAGAAGUGUUACAUCAGAAAACAUUUACAUCAUCUCUUCCUGACAACGAAAACGUGUAACACACUCACAUGUGGUGAUCUUUUGUUUAUUGUCAUCACGUCCAACAAAGGAAACAAGAAGUAUGACCCCGAAUACCCAGGCAUGUUUGUGUCCCCUUCCCUUGACUGAUGUAAUGAAUAGCGCUCAGUUUUUAUGUUCCCAUUGAGAGCAGGCACAUGAAGUUCACACUACAUUGUCGUAGGUUAAAACCGUCCCCUAAAACGUUGUUGUAUAUCUCCGACAUUCUAUGCAUAACUAGCGCUGAUCCAUCAAUGACGUCAGGUGUCGGAUCGUCUCGCCAUUGGCGUGAGAGUAAGAUCACUGCGCAAUGCGCUACUCGCUCUCGCAGCCAGACGAACCUCAGCUCAGACGCGUUGGUGGGUCCCAGGCACAGUCUGGUGCGAACCGCGGCUUCGAUUACACUCGCGUUCGCCGUGAAUGGACUUCUCUUUGUCUUGGAUAUUCGAGAAGAACACAUACGGGACUCUAACCAACACUGAACUAGGCGUUGUUGUUUGACCAGAGAGCCAGCGCGCAAGCCAUUUCCUCCUCGGUUUGGGGCUACAUGCAGAGAUUUCCGACAACAUAUUACCUGAAGGAGUUACGCUGUUCCACUUUGCGGGACCUUCCUUCCAGCCGACGGCGCUUCGCCUGGGAUUAAGCGUUUUCCACGGAUUGUACUUUUGAGGCGCUCACUCAUGCAUUUUCACGCGGACUCGCCAGCACGGAAUCUCAGAUGAAGUAUGGGAAAGGCAGAGUGUGUGGCAGGUUGGGUCUUACUCGCAGCAGGCCUCUUAUUCCUCACCAAGGGAAGCGGUGCCGCAGGAGUCGAUGAUGAGAUUAUUGCGGCCGAGCGGCAAUGCCGGGCACAGAUGGCAGCCAGCACCCCACCCCAACACAACGGCACGUACUGCAUACAGGAGUGGGAUGGAGCUUUCUGCUGGCCGUACGGGACAGCGGGCGAGAGGGUCGGCGCGCCAUGCCCUGCGUUCUUCAGAAGCCGAGGACAUGCCUACAGACAUUGUGAACUAUCGGGAGAAUGGAAGAUUAACACGUUGACCAACAAGACGUUUCUAAACCACACGGAAUGCACCGAAAUACCGAAGGCGGAACCAGCCAUUCCUCCACACGUGAUAGACAACGUGACAAAAAUCUACACUGUUGGUUACUCCAUCUCCCUAGUGUCACUGUUCAUAGCCUUCAUCAUACUGGCACGAUUCAAAAGACUCCACUGUACGCGGAACUACGUCCACAUGCACCUGUUUGUGUCCUACAUGUUACGGGCCUUCUUUAUCCUGCUCAGAGACGCCGUUCUCUAUUCUUACGACACUAACAAGUCCCCAAGGAACACGGUGGGUUGUAAACUCCUGUAUACCUGCUUCAUGUACUUCAUGGCCACCAACUACUUCUGGAUCCUGGUGGAGGGACUGUACCUCCACAACCUCAUCUUCGUCUCCGUGUUUUCUGAGAGGAAGUUUUUCUACGGAUUCAUCGCGAUUGGCUGGGUGUUUCCUCUGACGUUUGUGGUCCCUUGGGUGGUGGUACGAGCGACGCUGGAAGACACUGGAUGUUGGGACACAGACACGGUAUACAAGUGGAUCUACAAGGCCCCAAUCGUGCUCUCCAUCGUGGUCAACUUCCUUUUAUUCCUGAACAUCCUUCGUGUACUUAUGAAGAAGCUGCGUCAGCCGGCAGACGUGGCAAAUCAGAACCGAAACAAAUGCUGUGCUUGCUGCUUCCGUAGACAGCCUCAACAGAACGGUGGAGGGGGCAACCGUUAUAAUAGAGGCCGGAGGAACAGCGUUCAAAUGCAGAUGCCGAUGAAGCUAGCCAAAUCCACGAUGGUUCUGAUCCCGCUGUUCGGAGUGCACUACAUCGUGUUUGUGGGCAUGCCUGAUGACACCAAGGGGCUGGCACAGGAGAUCAGGCUCUACUUCGAACUGUUCUUCAACUCAUUCCAGGACAUUAACGUUACUCACCUAUCUUUUGUUUCCUCACAGGGAUUCUUCGUCUCCAUCCUCUACUGUUUCCUGAAUGGAGAGGUCCGUUCCGAGUUCAAGAGGAGAUGGGAACGCUGGAAGCUGGCCAGGAACAUCAACUCCAGAGGCGGCAACGCGAGCAGGGCUCCUCUCAGCUUCACGGCCGUCACAAGCAUGGACUAUAGUCAUAGUCCCAGUGUGAACUCCAUCCGUAACGGCACUCCCCCCAGCCCCAGUAUGAGCAGCCUACCCCGGAACGGGUCUCCGGCAAACGGCAGGCUGCACCCCGUCAAGGAGGACUGCCUGCGAGUUCCGGACAUCGCUCUACAGAGGCGGCCUGUUUUCAGCGACGAGGCUUCCUCCCCGCCGAUUGAAGACCAGGACAAGUGCUCGGAGCAUGAGGCUCUAGUCAGAAAAACCAGCACUGCCUCAGAAAUGGAGUCAACUCUGUGAUCUUAUGCCAACUGCCCUGCAGCGUGCUACAAGCAGAUCAUAUGGUGGCAAGGCAGUAUCCAUUGGUCAGAGGAGUGUCCAUUAGCCACCGAAGGGUGGCCAGUGGAUACUGCGUGGCCAAUUUGAUACUGUUUUUUGCGGCCACCGAAAGAUCUGCUUGGAGAGUAAUCUGUUGCCAACUGCCCUACAGCACUAGUCAGGAAAGGCAGCACUGUCUCAAAAAUGGAGUCAAAUGUGUGAUCUUCUGCCAAGAACCCUGCAGCAUACUCGUUAUGUAAACCUUACGAACUCACUUCCUAUGUGCCAAGUAGGAAAUAUUUUAGCUUAUGCUACACAAUCUCUCACUGCCAAGGGGCUAAUCUAGUCUCCACCAGACUCCUUUGAAGGCUGAAUAAAUAGUAGAAAUCGGCCUAAAAAGGGGAUGCAAUUGGCCAGAAGAGUUGUCAGACAAAUUGACCCUCUCUGGUCGGCUAACUCCCCUGACCAAUUAUAUCUCCUUUUUUGGCUGAUUUCUACUAAUUAUUCAGCAUGCAAAGGAGUCUGACUGAGACUAGGGCUAGUGCUCCCCGCAUUCUAGGGGACGGUUAGCGAUUUAGUCAGGCUCAUAACAUUCCAAGCUCGUAAC